CUUCAUUUUUUGUUUUGCUUUGGUUUGCUUGUAGAGACAACGUCUCAUUAUAUAGCCUUGGCAAUCCAGGAACUCACUAUGUACACCAGGCUGGCCAUGAAUUCAUUUGGUCUGCCUUUAGAGUGCUAGAAUUAAAAGCAUGCACUGCAUUACUGCUCCUAUUUAUCUAAUAUUUUAAUAUUUUAUAUCUGCUGCUCCGUUAUACAUUGACAAUAAUACUGUUCAGAAGUGCACAUGUCCAAAAAAAAGUUUUAUUACAAGGUAGCCUUGAAGCUGACUUUUCUUCCUGUGCCAACAAUAAAGGUCAGAAUGUUUAUCAAUCACUGGGAAGGAGGGACCACAGAGAAGAAUAAAUAAUGACCACAACGCAAGCCUGCAUCAAGAUAUGUUCUCCUCGGAAUGAUCAUACAUCACAACUGCUCCCCCUGUGAUCUGUUUCCUGGGUUGACCAUGCCUGGAUGGAGCUGCCAGAGGAGCAGUAGGCUUUGUGGGCCAGAGGAUCAUCCGGAUGUCAGAACAGAAGAAAAAACUACAAGAGGUCAGGGCUCUGUACAAACGCUUCAGACCAGAUACCAAGGAGGAAUUCUCUAAGAAUGCAGACUUCUCUGCGCUAUGGAGCCUAUGGGCCUCAACUUCACUAGAGAUGAGUAUACGCAUCACAUUGGUGUGUAUUAUGACCUCAUUCUUUUUAUCUUUUUAGUCUAUUUCUUUUUUUUUUAUCUUUAUUAACGAGUAUUUCUUACUUACAUUUCGAUUGUUAUUCCCUUUCCUGGUUUCCGGGCCAACAUCCCCCUAGCCCCUCCCCCUCCCCUUCUUUAUGGGUGUUCCCCUCCCCAUCCUCCCCCCAUUGCCGCCCUCCCCCCAACAAUCACGUUCACUGGGGGUUCAGUCUUGGCAGGACCAACGGCUUCCCCUUCCACUGGUGCUCUUACUAGGCUAACCAGAACCCCCACAUCUCACUCAUCGCUUCUCUUUCGUAUCUGCCAUUCUUUCUAUGCAGAUCCCCCUUCCUUACCUCCUGUAUCACAGCCUAAUACCAAUCACUAACCCCACUGCUUCCUUCCUCUUUUCUUCCACAGUAACCCAUGUACGCCACAGUAAUGGGGUCUCUUCUAUUUCCUGUAACAUUUGGUACUUACAGAAUGACUAUUUUGUAGUCAGCUCACACUAUAUUUGCAUGGUGUGUUUACUGUACAAUAGAAGCUAUAGUUGCAGACAGUACUUAACUUCGGUAGAGGUCGGGGAUACAUCCUUGUGCCCUGAACAACAGUUUAAAAGAAGUGGCACCCCAAGCACAUCACAACCUCUUUAUUCCUGAACACCAUUCUCCUAAAAGCAGAAGGGCCAUCUGAAUUGAAAAACAACCACAAAAAUCUUAAUCAACGAUCUGAUCCCAAGUAGGCAGGUCCCAGUGUCAAAAUGUCAAGACCAAGACAACCUGUUGAGUUAUGUAGUUUGAACUCUAUAGAUGUGAGAAAUAGUAAUUUUUCUAUUUGGUAGCCCCUAGAGAAAACUGGUGCUGGCUAGCUCUGUUAAAACUAUGAGUGUACUCUGAACAUAACUUUUAUGUGCUUCUUAUGUACUAUUUUAUAUAUUAAUUCAUUAGUCUGAAUCUCUAGCAAUUGACUUGAUGAAAGUUUAAAACUAGAAGCCUGUAGUAAUGGUCUCAUUACAUAGUUAUUUCUCUACAUGUAGCCCCCUGGGAUCCAAAAAUGAGACAAGUAUUCAUGAUAGCCUGUGCUGGGGUGACUCUAAAUGACUAGACUCUUAGUGUAAACGUAGACAUGCUUGGCCUCAUGAUGAGAAGAGGUUUCAGAGCAAAUCAGAAUAAAGUACCAUGCUCCUGGACUGGAAGGAAUCCUAGAAGCUCCUUUGGGAGAUGCACCCAAGGUUUGCCACCAUGAACUUUGAACUUCCCCACAUCCUUGGCAUUUGGGGCUUCCCAAUAUAUAAGAGAAAAUGUCUGGUCCAUAAUUGAAAGCCUGAAAAAAUGAAUUCCAAUUAAGCAGUAUACAUAACUGACCAAAAACAUUCCCCUAGCUCUAAUUAUUUAUCCAUCUGCACUAGCCUAUAACCUGAAAUAUAAUGUUGUUCUAGAAUUCUUAGAAUUAAUUGGCUAAUGUAGCUUCACUUUUUUUGCCUUUUGAUUCAUUAUGAUGUAACUAUUAUUAUUGGUGUAUAUUAUUUCAAAUAUGUGAUUGUUGCACUUGCAGGAGUUGUUUCUUAUCUGUAUUUAUUUUCCCUACGGAUGUCUAUGUAAGAUAUGGUGGCUCUAUAAAGUGUCUGCAUGGUGUCUGACAUCAAAAGGAAUGUUUACUCUGGAGUUAUAGUGUUGGUAGAGGUAUGAGUCUUCCUCUGGGUUAUGACUGACCUUCAAGGACAAAGACAUUGGCGCACUUCUUUAUCCUUAUUUAGACAUCUACACUCAGGCUAUAGAAGACUCAGAAAGACUUUGACAAAUCUCCAAAAGAAGGUAAGAAGGACUUUGUUAGGACUUUCAUGUAAAUUUACAUAAAAAUUAGAUUAAAAUUAUAUGUUAAAAUAGUCAUUUUUGUUAGAUAUUGUGGGGUUUGGUGCUUUAUUCUUGAGAGUUUCAUAUUUAUAUACAUGCAGCAUGAUCGUAUCCAUCCUUCAAACCACCCCAAAUAGUCCCUCCCUCAAUGCUCCCCCAACACCUCCUCACCCCCUCCAGCACUGCCUCCCCACAACUGUACACCUGUUUUUGGAUGGUAACCGUGUGAAUGAGUGUGAAUCUAUCCACUGAAGGACAAGACAUCUACCAGUGGUCAUGGUCACACAUUCAAAUUUAAAUCUCAGCCUAAUAACUUCUCUCUGCCCUAAAAUGACCCCAAAAUGUAAAAGAGGGUUUUCACCAAGUGAAUGUUAUCCUGAACUCAACAAAGAAGAUAAUCCAACUUCUAAAAAACAGGAAACCAAGCACAAAGGGCAGUGCACAGAUAGUAAUCUCAGUUUUUUUGGAGCCUAGUGUGCCCUCCCCCUGUGUUGUCUGUCUCUCAAUCAGCAGAAAGACAGCUAGCUAUAGCCCUAGGUCAGGUUACACACCUUGUGACCUCUGCAGCACCUGGCUCUGUCCACUCCCAGUCCAAUAAAAGUAAAGAUCUGAUUAUCACCAUUUAAAGUAUGUCAAAGGUAGAUUGAUCUGUAGUUAAAGAUAAAAAAAUAGUUGUCAUAGGUCAAGUAGACAGGCUCCCCACAGACUUAUGGGAAACUGUUUCUACAAAAAAAAAAUGUUUUAGCUUCAUUUUAAGGUAACCAAAUCUAUUUUCUUUGUACCUUUUCAGUUUAGGCUGGUCUUUAGGUUGUAGGACAGGAUACUCUCUUUAGCUCAGGAGGAGCCAUCCCCACAAAGAAGCUCCCCUCAACCGGUACUGACAUAGGAAACACCUAAUUAUGGUGGUGUUAGUGUCAAUUUGCCACAAUGAGACUCAAAGUGUCCUGAUUGACUAAUGUGGGAAGUCCCACCCUGAUUGUGGGCGGCACCCUCUGGUAGCAGCCUAGAUAAAGAACGUCCUGUCCAGGAAGAACAUCUACCUCUCUUCUGAGUUGAUUGGCAGUGCUGCUGCUGCUGGAUCCUUUGCAGAGACCAGAACCCCCCUUUCCAAGCUUGUAUCAUUGUGGACUAGGGACCAGCUAGGUUCCAGAAAUCUUCCUUCCACGAUUCCAGCUCCUGGUUGGGACUACUGAUACACCACACCCUGUGGCUGAGCAUCUCCAGGGUCACCGUGCAUUAACCCCACUCCCACUGUGAUCUGCUUCCUGUGUUGACCAUGCCUGGGUGGAGCUGCCUGGUGACUGGAGCAGGAGGGUUUUUGGGCCAGAGGAUCGUCCAGUUGUUGGUGCAGGAGAAAGAUCUGAAGGAGGUCAGGGUCCUGGACAAGGUCUUCAGACCAGAAACCAGAGAAGAAUUCUUCAACCUAGGGACAAGCAUCAAGGUGACAGUGUUGGAAGGAGACAUUCUUGACACCCAGUGCCUGAGGAGAGCGUGCCAGGGCAUCUCUGUUGUCAUCCACACUGCCGCCCUCAUUGAUGUCACAGGUGUCAAUCCCAGGCAGACCAUCCUAGAUGUCAAUCUGAAAGGUACCCAGAAUCUGUUGGAGGCCUGUGUCCAAGCUAGUGUGCCAGCCUUCAUCUACUGCAGCACAGUUGACGUUGCAGGGCCCAACUCCUACAAGAAGAUCAUCCUGAAUGGCCAUGAGGAAGAGCAUCAUGAAAGCACAUGGUCAAAUCCAUACCCAUACAGCAAAAAGAUGGCCGAGAAGGCAGUGCUGGCAGCCAAUGGGAGCAUCCUGAAAAAUGGUGGCACAUUGCAUACUUGUGCCUUAAGGCCCAUGUACAUUUAUGGGGAGAGAAGUCCAUUCCUUUCUGUCAUGAUACUUGCGGCCCUCAAAAGUAAGGGUAUUCUGAAUGUUACUGGCAAAUUCUCCAUAGCCAAUCCAGUGUAUGUAGGCAAUGUGGCCUGGGCACAUAUUCUGGCUGCCAGGGGCCUUCGAGACCCCAAGAAGUCACAAAAUGUCCAAGGACAGUUCUACUACAUCUCAGAUGACACCCCUCACCAAAGCUAUGAUGAUUUAAAUUAUACCCUGAGCAAGGAAUGGGGCCUCCACCUUGAUUCCAGUUGGAGCCUUCCUCUGCCCCUGCUCUACUGGCUUGCCUUCCUGCUGGAAAUUGUGAGCUUCUUUCUGCAUCCAGUGUACAACUAUAGGCCAUCCUUUAACCGCCACUUGGUCACACUGUCAAAUAGCAAGUUCACUUUCUCCUACAAGAAAGCUCAGAGAGAUCUGGGCUAUAAGCCACUUGUCAGCUGGGAGGAAGCCAAGCAGAAAACCUCGGAGUGGAUCGGGACACUAGUGGAGCAGCACAGGGAGACAUUGGACACAAAGUCUCAGUAAUGGGAAGAGGGCAGGGACAUGGUCCUGGGUGUUUACUGGAUCCUCCAGCAAGGACAGACAUAUAAGCCAGGUCAUGCUGCCUUCUUUCAACACAGAAUCCAGUUUAGUGCCUUCAAGUCAUCAGAAGAAGCCUUGCCAGCCACUGACCCAGCCAUGAGCUGUCUUUCUGAAAUACCUGCCCAGAGAUACACAGCUUCCUAAGCACCUUUUGUACCUCAGAGCUCUCUCCAUUCUUUUCUCUCCCCAUCCAAAGCAUGUCUAACCUUCAGAAAAGUCUGCUUGCUUUGUGAAGCCCAAUAGAAGGAACAAUAAAUAUUUGUCAACACUU